CGCCCUUGUGCUAAACCCGUCCACGGCCGCGGGUUCUCCACAACGCCGCUCACUCAUCACGUCCUGGUACCUGAGCAGUCUCCCCACCCAAGGCUCUCCACGCAGACUUCCUCGCCGCAAUGCCAGCUCUGACGAUACCGUCGCCCACCGACACCGGCCCCGCCUCUUCUACAAAUGGCCUCGCGCACCCCAACCAUCCUCAUCGCUCAGAGUCGGGCUCUCCCGACCGGCCGCCAGUGUCGCCUAUUACUCCUACAGCAUCCGUCGCGCAGUUGGCUCCAAUCGACCCCACAGAGCCUCGCACACAGGUGGCCCCCUCACUCGCGGCAGCCUUUCGACAGCGGCCGGUUCCGGUGCCUAUAUCAGAGAGCGAAAAUCCGGACGCGAUAGCUUUACGUUCAGCCAUAUCACUACUCCAGCUGCAGCGGGAGAAGAGCAAACAGGAUCUUAGAACGUUAGAAGACUUGAAAUCCGCCGCCGUGUCUGAUCCCCAUAGAUUCGUGCGCUUAAUCCAAUCUCAGCGAGAGCAUCACUCCAAGCUGGGCGCCGACAUCCUCACCCCUACUCUCUCCAAUAUAUCUGGCUCAAGCCUGGCUGGUAGCAAUGUUGUUGACGGCGAGCCACAGCUUGGGGACGGACGCAAAGAUUCUGCUAGUAUAGAAUCGCUGGGUCCUAGAGGCGACUCUGCUGCCCAGCUUCCUUCAAUUCCUCAACCUCAAAAUAUCAUUCGAUGUCCUCCAGUCAAUUGGGCAAAGUAUCACAUAGCAGGCGAGCCUUUGGAUAGGUUGCAUGAUGAGCAGAGGCAGUAUCCCAACAUGCGCGAGCCGCCACGGACGCAAUAUGGUACGAAAGUACCACCACACGCACUUGCGGCACCGUAUUCUCCUUUCACCGAUGGACUAGGCGAGGCACAGCCAACACAAUCACGGCGAGCGUCGAAGAAACCACCUUUCUAGAUCGCGUUCCUCCAAAGGCGGUUUUGUCCUGCGCUUCUACUUUGUAUUUCGGUUUCGUGACGGGGCACUGGGCUGGCGCGGUUUCUGCUGGCUACAUUCGCCAAU